AUGAAUUUUGAUCGAACGAAACAUUCACAUUGUCGAUAUAAUCCACUGAAAGAUGAAUGGAUACUUGUUUCACCACAACGAUUAAGUCGACCAUGGCAGGGCCGUGUUGAAGAUGACAAAAACGACAAUGACGAUGACAGUGAUAUAAAUAGUAAUGAAAAACCAACAAAUCCGCUUUGUCCUGGUGCUAUUCGAGGUAAAAACAAUCAACAAAAUCCAUUUUAUGAACAUACAUACGUAUUUGAAAAUGAUUAUCCUGCAUUACUUGCUGACAUUCCUGAUCCAAAAAACGAUCAAAAUAAUAAUAAUGAUGAUCUUUUUCAAUGUCAUGCAGCUCGAGGUGUUUGUAAAGUAAUGUGUUUUCAUCCGAAUUCAAAAUUAACUUUACCACGUAUGACACUUGAUCAUAUUUCACAUAUAGUUAAAACAUGGAUAGAAGUUUAUCGAGAUUUAGCAAGUCAAUAUCAAUGGGUACAAAUAUUUGAAAAUCGUGGAGAUGUUAUGGGUUGUUCAAAUCCACAUCCACAUUGUCAAAUAUGGGCUACAGAUUUUUUACCUAAUGAAGCUCGUAUAAAACAUCGAACACAAAAAGAUUAUUUUCUUAAACAUAAUGGAAAUGUUCUUUUACUUGAUUAUAUAAAACGUGAAUUAAAUGAUUUUAAUAAAGAACGUGUUGUUAUUGAUAAUGAACAUUGGAUUGUUGUUGUGCCUUAUUGGGCUGUAUGGCCUUAUGAAACGAUGUUAUUACCUAAAAGACAUGUUCUUCGUUUAUCUGAUUUAAGUGAUGAAGAACAAAAAGGAUUAGGUGAAAUCAUGAAACAAUUAUUAAUAAAAUAUGAUAAUUUAUUUAAUACAUCAUUUCCUUAUUCUAUGGGUUGGCAUGGUGCACCCACUGGUGAUUUAAUAAAUGAAGAUUGUUCAUAUUGGCAAUUACAUGCAUUAUAUUAUCCACCAUUAGUACGUUCAGCGACAAUAAAAAAAUUUAUGGUUGGUUUUGAAAUGUUAGCACAAGUACAACGUGAUAUAACGCCUGAAUUUGCUGCUGAAACACUUCGUAAUUUAUCCGGUGAAAUUCAUUAUAAAGAUAAAAAGAAUACAUAA